AUCUAGGGAACCUUCUUACACAGCCGAUUGUGUUCGGCAGUUCGGCUGCUUUAAAUCAAAAUCAACAAUAUGGUGGGGCGAUGUUACACUCUCCAAUAUUGUACGGCGUGCAGUACUAUCACGUUCGUGUCGGUUUUAUAGGACUUGCCAAAAUAAAGGCUAAUUAAUUAACGCCAGAUUAUGAAACUUUCAUCUGGGGGAGACUCCUCCGAAACGAUUACUACCACUGAUGGUACCAUCCCCCUAGGUUCACUUGAAUCUCCCAGCAAAACAGGACCUGAUGUUAAUAUCCUUAAACUCCCAUUUCAAGGAAAUUUCUUAUCGAACUGUGUGAAAAAAUUGCUGAAUUCAUUUGCCUGCUUGCUUUUCUUACCACUGACAUUAGUAGGCAGAUUGAUUGAAGCUUUUUUUGCCUUAAAGCAAAGAAUUACAAAACAUGACUCAAGUCUUGAAGGUAAAGUUGUCCUUAUCACGGGUGCCAGCUCUGGCCUAGGUGAAGCCCUGGCAAAGUGCUUGUACACAGAAGGAUGCAAGUUGAUUAUAGCAUCCAGGCGAUACACAGAGCUUGAUCGUGUGAAAGAACAGUUACUAGGUUCUGGCUUAAGAAAAGGCACCAUCUAUCCACCUGUAAUUAUCCAAUUGGAUCUGCAAGAUUUUGUCAAUUUACCGGACAAAGUAAGAACAAUACUCGGGGUUUAUGGAUACAUCGAUAUACUCGUGAACAACGCUGGUAUAAGUUAUAGAGGAGAAGUGACCGACACUAGUUUGGAGGUAGAUGCCAAAGUCAUGAAUAUCAACUACUUUGGCACAGUUGCAUUAACCAAAGCUCUUUUGCCUUCCAUGAUUGUACGCCAAAGUGGUCAUAUUGUGAUGAUAGGAUCGCUUCAAGCCAAACUGGCCAUCCCUUUUCGAUCAGCUUAUGCUGCUUCGAAACACGCACUCCAGGCUUUUAGCGACAGUCUUCGGGCGGAAGUCGAUCACAGAAAUAUCGAUGUUACGGUAGUAAACCCUGGUUAUAUUCGCACAAGUUUGUCCGUGAACGCGCUGACUGGUCGAGGAGACAAAUACGGACAAAUGGAUGAGACAACAGAAUCGGGAACGGAUCCUCUUCAAGCUGCGUAUCAAAUUGUCAUUGCAAUUAAGAGAAAAACCCAAGAAUUGAUGCUUUGCUCCGUCUUUUAUCGUUUGGCAGUGUUAUUUCGUGCAAUAUUACCCAGCGUUUACUUCAAAAUGAUGGCGCGACGAGCGCUUCGUGCCAAAAAGAUACGUUAAAUCGUAGUAAUAAAUUUCAAAUACAUUCUGAUAUAAUAA